AUGUCGGAUCGCACCUCCUCGGCAUCAUUUCGAGUCGGACCUCCUUCGCCAUCAUCUCCCGCCGCCGAGUCUCUCAAGGAGACUCAACAAACCUCAACGAUCUCCUCCGAUCAGAUCCCUCAGACUCCGACAUCACCUCCGUUGAUGUCGGUAAGCGCUCAUAACUAUGCCUCCCACUUCGCACCCUCGCAAACCUCACCUAGUCAGGCGACUUCACAAAACACCAGCCUUUCAUCCCCUCCAUCCUCUGCUCCGAUGUCCACUCAACCCUCGCAACAGCCGGUGGUAGGAGGCUCGGCAAACUCAUUCCCCACCCCCGCCAGUAGCGUGAGCGGGCAUAUUCCGGCCAAGUCAAUGGGCUCGAGACCUUCAGAACCAGGCGCCACCCCUGUUGGUGCAGAGCCCGCAAUCAUGCAAAGAGCAGAGCACAGACGAACCGAUCACGACCGGCAGCCAGCAGGAGAUGCGGAAUCCGCGCUCCGUGAUUCCACCGCCUCGGGUGAUGCAAUGGACAUUGACAAAGAGGAGCCAAACUCUCUGAACGAAGGUGGUAUGAGUCUUGAGUCGCUGCAAAAUAACUUUUCCUCGGCGUUUCAUCUCUGCAAAAGCUCCUACGCUGCGACUGGUCCGGACCCGUCUUUGGACUUGAUUACCUUGUACGGGCUAGGUCCCGUCGCAAAGUCAGUCGCCAGAAUGGAUCCGGUGACAGGAGAGAAGAUCAAUCGGCUCCGAAAGUCUUAUGAGGGCAAGCUGAAAGGGCUAGGACUUGCGGGACGAAAUAAGCCUGUGAAGCACGAGCCUGGUGCGCCUGGUGGGCUCCUUCAGAUGACGAUGUGGCCCGAAGAGGAGUGGCAGAACCAGAAGGUGUUUGGCAAGGAGAUAAAAGUGGCUGAUAUGGAUUCGGCGUUGCACGCGCUCCAGAUGAAGGCUAUGAAAAUGGAGCCUGGUGCAGUUCCAAAUAGCGAACAGUGGGAAGAUGUUCUGGGUCAUGAGAAGCCGUCCAAGCAUGCUGGCGGCGGUGGUGAUGCGGGGAAGAAGGUCGUUGCCCCUCCGAAUGGACCUCGAAUGCAAGCGAACGGAACCCCUGGACCGGGUGUCUCAGACGCGGAACGGAAUCGGCCUAGCCGGGGGCGCAAGCGGCACUACGACGACAAUAGCUUUGUGGGUUACGGCGAAGGCUAUGCAGAUGAUGAUGAUGACGGCGCAUUUUACUCGACCAGCGAUGGCAUGGGAAAGAAAAAACGGAAGAAGGACCACGUUUCGAAGAUAUCUACCCCUCUGCCUGAUCGCAGUGGAACUUACGGGGUAGGUAUGUUUGGGAUUGGGGCCAGAUAA